CCAGCUAAUUAGGCUGGGAUUCUUUACCGCAUCAUACAGGGCUCUGUGUAUGGUUCAAGAGCACCAGUGUGAUGUUCCACACUCUCCAUUUUUCUUUCUGGUGCCACGGUCGCUGAAAUGUACGGUCAGCUCAGGGAGUGCUGGGUUGUUUACCCUGCAGUGUGAUACUGGCCCCGCAAAUGAUGAGUGGUCCAAUCAAGACCGGGGUCAGGCGAAGCGGAAGAGCGUCACUGCCAUCUUUCUUUCUGGUCCCGCCGUAGCUGCGACUCUGUUCUGUCGGUUAAUGGAUUCCCAAACUGUUGAGCUUCGAUUUUCUUAUGACCGCCAAACCGAGUAACAGAGUCAGAUCGCGGGAGGCCAGGGGAACCGGGCGGAAGUUCCUCGCCCGCCAUCCUUCUUCCUGGCAAGCCCAGCGUCACUGCGCUCUCGGUCCAGUCAGCUGAGGGAGCUCGGAGCCGCCGGACCGCAGACCCUGGAGCCGCGUGAGGCCGCUGGAGGUCCGGGGCUCAGCUAUGGAGUCUGUAUCCUUUGAGGAUGUGGCUGUGAACUUCACCGCAGAGGAGUGGGCUUUGCUGAAUUCUUCCCAAAAGAGGCUGCACAGAGAUGUGAUGCAGGAGACCUGCAGGAACUUGGCUGCCAUAGCAAAAACGCAAGAAGACUGGAUCCUUGAAGAUGCCUCUGAAAAUUUAAGGAAAAUUCUUCCCAUUUCAGUUCAGACUGAAUAUAAACUAUGUAAGAGUCAAGAAAACGCAGAGAAACCAGGCACAUGUAAGGAGUGUGGGAAAUUCUUCAGUUCUCCCCAAAGUUUUCUGGGACAUAUGAAGACCCACACUGAAGAAAAUACUUACAAAUAUAAGGAAACUGAAGACAGUUUUAGCAAACACAGUUUUGUUCAGGGCCGUGAAAGAACGCACGCUACAGAAAAGCCCUGCGUUUUAAAGCAGAGUAAAGAAGACUCUUUGACCCUUGCUGGUAUUCAACAGUCCGUAAUAACACAUCAUGGAGGUGAGCCAUAUAUAUGUAAAGUGUGUGGUAAAGCCUUUAACUCUACCAAUUCUUUCUUGAUGCAUAAAAGAACUCACACUGGAGUGGAGCUUUAUGUAUGUAAGCAAUGUGGCAAAACCUUCACUUACUCCAGUGGCCUUCGCCGCCAUGAAAGGACCCAUAGUGGAGAGAAACCCUAUGAAUGCAAGCAAUUUCUGAAAGUUUUUCCUUCUUUGAGGAAGGCUGAAAGUCAUGAACAAACUCACAGUGGAAUAAAAUAUAUAUGUAAUCAGUGUGGGAUAGCCUUCAGCGAUCACAGUUCCCUUCAGUGCCAUGAACAGUUUCAUAGUUUAGAGAGACCCUACGUAUACAAGCAAUGUGGGAAGACAUUCACUUGUUCCAGUGCCUUGCGAAGACAUGAACGAAUUCACACUGGAGUGAAACCCUAUGAAUGCAAGGUGUGUGGGAAAGCCUUCAUUGAUUGCAGUUCUCUUCAGUGUCAUGAAAGGACUCAUAGUGGAGAGAAACCCUAUGCCUGUAAGCUGUGUGGGAAAGCCUUCAGUCGUCAGGGCUCUCUGAAAUGUCAUGAAAGAAUUCAUAGUGGAGAGAAGCCCUAUGCCUGUAAGCAGUGUGGGAAAGCCUUCAUGCAUCACAACGCUCUUCGAUACCAUGAGCAGAUUCACAGGGGAGAGAAGGCCUAUGGCUGUAAGCAGUGUGGGAAAGCCUUUGUGUUGAGCAGCGCACUGAAAAAGCACGAGCGAAUCCACAGUGGAUUGAAACCUUGUCUCUGCAGGGUGUGUGGGAAAGCCUUCACGUUUCACAGUUCCCUCCAUUGCCAUGAAAGGACUCACACCGGGGAGAAGCCCUAUGUAUGUAAACAGUGUGGGAAAGCCUUUAUGUAUCACAGUUCUCUCCGUUGCCAUGAAAAUAUUCACCGUGCAGAGAAACCCUAUGUGUGUAAGCUGUGUGGGACAGCCUUCACUUAUCACAGCUCUCUUCAACGCCAUGAAAGAAUCCACAGGGGGGAGAAACCAUAUGUAUGUAAAUUCUGUGCGAAAGCCUUCACUGAUCACAGUUCCCUACGAUGCCAUGAAAGAAUUCACACUGGAGAGAAACCGUAUGUAUGUAAACAGUGUGGGAAAUCCUACAGUACUCACGGUUCCCUUAGAUACCAUGAAAAGGUGCACUGUGUGUAAGCCACAUUGGAAGACCUUCUCCUCUUUGAAUAAGUUUUGAUUUCAUUAACUCAAAAAGCAAAAAACCAAAAACAUUUGGUUGUAGCUAUGUGGAUAAGCCUUAGCAUGUUCUGGUUCCCUUAAGACAAACCAUGAAUGGAGACGCAGUGGAAACUUACCUCUAAAUAGAAACUAAGGGAGAGAUCCAGAUCUUUUUAGCAAACAUGACGGGAUAAUGAACUGAACUUGUAUCAGUGUAAAGCAUGGGGGACUAGCUCUACUUGUCUCAGUUCAGUUCUCAGAAAGCACUAUGGGGAUGAGAAGAUGGCUCAGUCUGUAGAGCCCUUGCCUUUGGAGCAUGCGGUCCUGGGUUUUUAAUCCUCAGCACCCUUGUAAAAGCCAGACAUGAUGGCACAUGCCUGGAAUCCCAGUGCUAGGGAGGCAGAGACAGAAGCGUCCCUGAGGCUUGGUGCUUAGCUGGUCUACUCACGUCAGUUCAGGUCCAGUAAGAGAGUUCUCAAAAACUAAAGUGGAGAGUGCUUAAGGAGGAAACGCAGCACACAACAGGCAACAGUCUGGGUGUUCCUACGAGGCUCUUGUCAUACAUCAACCUGUGGCCUCUGUGUGCAAGUACAGUGUGCACCCACACACAUGAACACUCAUCUACACAGUCAUGCACGCCACACACAAAAGAACACACCAUAUCAAGAACCUCGGUUAGAAGAAACCUGUAAGUCUUUAGUUAGCCAGUUUAUCAAAAUACACAGUCAAAACCUUAUAAAUGUAGGUAGAAUUGUUUUUUUUUUUGUAGCAUACAGUGUCAAAGUCUGAUGCAAUAGGAUUCUGUUAACACAACUAAUGUGAAGAGCCUGGUAUAAGAUAAUUUGUGUAAAAUGCUCUAGAAAUUGCAGUUUAGAGGAGGGCUUCUUAUUAUUACAGUGUGCUUCUUAUUUUAUUCUUGGAAAUAAAUGUUUUAGUGAAAUUAUUUAAUAAGGUUUACUUAAAUAGUUGCAUGUGCUUAACUGUAGUUUCACUAUUAGUAAAGUCAGGUACCUUUUCCUGCUUUUAAUUUAAAGAUUGAAUUGAAAUGUCUUUCUGAUAUGUAAACAGUCUUAAUUUUUAUGUGUUUUUAUAAUAAUUGCGUCUAAUGGACCUAUCAAAAUGUUUAAUUGGCCUGGGAAAGUGGCUCAAUGGAAAAGCAUCAGGACUGAGGUCAUAUCCCCAGUACCCAUGUAAAAAGCCACAUGUAGCCAAAACAUGCCUAUAACAUCAUUGCUGAAAGUGGGGUUGGUGCUGGAAGAUUACUGGGACUUGCGGGUCAGUCAGGCUAGGUGAAAAACAAGCUCCAAAAUUAGUACAAGACUAUGUCACUAGCAAAGCUGCAGAGGCAGCGGAAGAGGAUGUCUGAUGGUUCCCUGACUUCCACAGGCUGCAGGCGAGGUGCUCACUUUUGUGAUUGGAUUCCCCAUUAAGCUCUUGUAUAUAUAUAAAUUCACAACAAAUGACUUUUAAAGUGGAUUUAAUUAUUUUCACUUUUUUUUAACCUUAAGAAUAUCAAUAACUUAAUUUUUUUCUCAAAUACACAGUUAGAAAAUUAGUCUGAGUUUUGUGAUGUAAACUAGAUAAAGUAUGCACAAAAUCUCAGAAGUGCAGGAUGAAGCCCCGCUGCCUAGGACCUGCCCGUCAGAGGGGAAGCCGGGUCUUUGAUGGUUUGGAGUUGAGGUGAGGGAUCCUGAUCUUCAGGAGUCUGCUGCUGGCAUACUUGACAGUCAUGAAGCUGGUGAGGUUUUCAUUGAGUGAUUCAUGAUUUCCAGGGCUUUAGUUCCCAUGUGUCUGUGCAAUACUGCUGCAUUAUUUAAAUUCCAUUUUCCUUGGCCCAGCACCAUCCGAGACAGGCAGGAAGCAGCAGCUGCACCCUGAGAAAAGUGAUGUCAUCGUUGAUGAGUGUCAGCUCCAUAAAAUAUUUGGCUACAGUGUGUUGUUCAGCAUCAACCUCCCAGGUGUUCGAGCCUCCCCUGAAGAAGUAGAAUGGCAAACCCAACUCCAAAUUCAACCCUUUCAAAAAUCAGAGUUUCCAUUUCUUAGAUUUGGGAACCAGAAUAAGCAUUGUCUGUAACAUAAAGUCUUCAGUACUCAGAGAAAGCAUCAUAUUUGGAGGCCAGAAGCAGAGCUGUGGUCCCAACGAGCUGCAGCUUCUUCCUGCAGGCCAGUUGAGUCUAUAAGAACUGGCCCACGAUGGCAAUGCACAGGUAUGGAGUUUCCUGUAGAAGCCUAAACUUGGAUGGACUUAGACCAACUUUAUUUCCGGUUUCUUCUGAAACUGCCUGCUGGUUAGCUUUAGGAUUAACUCCUUCAUCAAUAUUCUUCAAAUCACUGGACACCUUUGGGCAUGUGUAGCAACCUGAGGGCCCCCUGGAAUGUAUGGGUGAGGCAUAGACACUCUGGUCCACAGCACUACCAGGAGGUCUGUUUCUGACUUUUAAUAUUUUCUCUAAAUAAGAAUUCUGUGCAUAUUUUAUAGUUUUAACUAUUUUUAACAUAUAUAUAUACAUAUAUAUGCACACAUACAUACAUACAUACACAUUUGUGUGUGUGAUUUUUUUUUAUAUGUUGACCACAUAUCUGCAAAAUAACCAUAAAGAGAUCAUCUUCACAAUUCUUCAAAUUUUUUCUUUCAUCAGAGUCAUUGUUGCCAAAAUGCUGGUGAAAAUCCCUUAUGUAGUGGGAUCCUACUAAUUAAUGCUCUAUUCCUAUGUAAAUUGUAUCAUAUUUAUGUUACAGUUUUUUAUCAUAAUUUUCCCUUCACUUCUCUGACCAAAAGAUACAUCCCAUUGGUUUAAGUGCACUCUGGCCAAAGAUCACCAAUACCAAGCCUUUGAUUACGUCAAAUGUAAUGAACUGCAAUAAUGAAUCUAUCUACAUACCAUA